AAUUUAAAGGUGCUGCAACGUGUGAAGCAAGUGCUUCUGAAGGUGGCCGCCCUUUGGUCCAAAAUUCAUCUGACCUCAGCGCUGUCCUCGGCUGACACUGCGAGUCCAGACUACAUCUCCCAAUAUGCUUUGCGGCAGCUCUACCAGCGUUCCUGCGACCUUGGACUUCCAGAGCAAGCAUGGCGAGUAAAGAGCCCAAUAGGUUUUUGCAGCACCUGCGUGACCUGACUGGUCGGCUGGCGGCUGGUCCGCGCGGCGCUGGCACCGGACUCAAGCUGCUACUGGGAGCCGGAGCCCUCGCAUACGCCGUCAAGGAAGCCACGUAUACAGUUGAGGGUGGGCAGAGGGCGAUCAUUUUCAACAGAAUCGGAGGGAUGCAGAUGGACACAGUUCUGGCUGAGGGACUUCACUUCAGGAUACCGUGGUUCCAAUACCCCAUCAUCUAUGACAUCAGAGCUCGACCCCGGAAGAUCUCCUCUCUCACAGGAAGCAAAGAUCUUCAGAUGGUGAACAUUGCUCUGCGUGUGUUGUCUCGUCCGAUGGCCUCCAAUCUGCCGGUGAUGUACCAGCAGCUGGGUAAAGACUACGACGAGCGCGUCCUGCCUUCCAUAGUCAAUGAGGUGCUCAAGAGUGUAGUGGCCAAGUUUAACGCAUCGCAGCUCAUCACUCAGAGAGCACAGGUGUCUCUGUUGAUCAGGAGGGAGUUGUUUGAGCGUGCUAAAGACUUCAACAUCAUCCUGGAUGACGUGGCCAUUACAGAGCUGAGCUUCAGCAAGGAGUACACAGCAGCCGUGGAGGCCAAGCAAGUUGCCCAGCAGGAGGCCCAGAGAGCUCAGUUCUUCGUUGAGAAAGCCAAACAGGACCAGAGGCAGAAGAUUAUCCAGGCAGAAGGAGAGGCAGAAGCAGCCAAGAUGUUGGGAGAGGCGGUGACUAAGAAUCCUGGCUACCUGAAACUGAGGAGGAUCCGAGCAGCUCAGAACAUUGCAAAGACGGUGGCCCAGUCCCAGAACCGAGUGUAUCUGAAUGCAGACAGUCUGGUGUUGAACCUUCAAGCCGACUCUUUCAACAAUUUGUCGCUGGGUAAGAAGUAAUGUGUGUAUGUGUGUAUGGCUUCUCAACGUUGGAGUCCGGCAAUCCAGCACCCUCUCGUGGACACGGAGCAGAUGACACUCACCCCCAGGAAACGCGCACACACACACACACACACACACACACAGGCAGACACGCACGCUAAUGCACUCAUUUUCCCGUCCUUUGCCAGUGCUGUUGUCUCCUCUACAUGGGGAUGACAUUGCGACACACAUCGUGUGUGUGUGUGUGUGUGUGUGUGUGUGUGUGGUCCUGGCCGUGCGGUCCAAUGAGAUGUGAUCAUAUGUGAUAUUAUGUUUGUGUUGCUCAGUAACAGGAAUGACCAGCUGAAAUGUAAUAUAAUAUAUACAUAACAGGAUGGCAAUGUAAUAUAUACGUAACAUAAGGCACUAAUGUUAAACAUGAUUAUUACGAUGUGGUAUGCCAUAAUAAGGCCUUCCUGACAUGACAUAUGGUGUGUAAUGUUAUGAUGCGUUAUAAAGGCUCUGAUUAUCAUUCGUUAUGUUCUGAUGGCUUCGGAUUACAGGACGACACAAUAAAUAUUGUUUUUUAUCUUAA